AAUAAUUGAACAAUCAAGAAGAAGAAGACAUGACGUUUUAAUAUUAGGCUACUUAAUUUUGAAAAGAUAAUUAUUUAUUCUAAUAUUUAUUGAUAGAAAAUGUCAGUUUAUAUUACAUGCGGAACUUCUGGCGGCGGUUUACCGAUAUUUUCGAGAAAAAAAGGAAACGCUGAAACACUCCCAUUUUCUGUGAUAGGAUCUUUGAAUGGUAUACAUAUGUUUGGAAAACCUUUCGGUAUAGAAAUCUUAGAUACUUUAACUGAUGACUAUGCCGUAAGUUGGAAGGAAUUUGAAGACAGUAUUAUUUUAAUUGGGGUUGCUAGUGGGUGUUCUAUAGAUGUCCUUAAUAGAGUACUUGUUGAUAUAUUCAACACUACAGUGUUAAUAGUUGGUAUAAAGGAAUUGAAACUACAAAGAAACAUAGAAAGACUAAAAAGAGAAUUGAGAAUAGCAUUUCCUGUUAUUGAUAGAAUAAUGGAUUCACUUGAUUGUGGAGAUGCUAGCAAUAAACAUACUUCAGAUAUAGUAGGAUUUGCAGAAACAAUCCUAUGCACUGAAAAUCAUUUAAUACAGAUAGUUUUAGAUUCCUUUACAGAAUAUGUUGAUUCGAUGUUCAGUUGUAUAUUAGUGGAAGGAAAAAUAGCAGCAGCUACAGAAAGUUGGUGGUCAUUACACCCCGAUGAACUAAGAUUGCUCUCUUUGUUAGCCGUAUCUGAAAAUAUAACAGAUUCUAAAGAUAUUCCUGUAUUUUUACCGCAUAAAAGUCCAACUGUCGCUUUUAGAUUUGUAGUAUGUACUUUGAUACCAGAGGUGCAAUUGUGUUGUUUGUGUGGUCCUACACCUCCUCUUAAUGAAAUUGAGUUAUCUGCUACUCAGAUUUUUAGGAAUUCAGCUGAUAUUUUAAAUGCUGCUGCGCAGUGUAUUCCCAGAAACUUUCCUGCUUCCUAUAUUAUUGAUUCCAGUAUUUUAGGGCAACUACUAGUAAAUUGUGUUUCUAAAAAAUAUAUGAUAUCAAAAAGUCCUCAACAGCUGACUAAGAAAUCAGCAACAAGUUCUCAUCGAUUGGAUAUCCUCAGGACUUUCUUCUAUAGAGCGGUUUUAAAUAAUUUGAUAUUGUCUGAAGAUUCUUAUGAUAAACAAAAUAAUUCAAUCUUAUCGAAUGAAUGUGAUAAUUUAGAGGUUGUAGAAAAUGCUGGAAUAGAGACUUAUUGGUGUUCGGAAUAUCAUAAAUGUCAUGCUUUAAGAAUUGGGGAUAAUGUAUUGAGUAUAUUAUAUAAUUCAACUGUACCUACAAAUGCUCUAAGAGCUAUUACGGAAAAGACCCUUAGACAAUUAAUAUCAGACAAACAGGUUUGUUGGUAAUAGGAAUGUGUUGUAUGACCCCUAAGAAUUCAACAAAAUUUGGUAUGCAGGUUGUCCUCAUAGAGAUUAAUAAAAAUGUGUAUGUUUUUUCAAAUAUUUCAAACGAUUUUAAAAUUACGGCUAUGUAAAGAUUCCCAAAAUCCAAUGUGACAUACUUUUUUACGAAAAGUUUUAUUGAAAACUCAAAUUCAAAAUUAUCAUUUUGACUUUCUCAAAAAGUAAGUUUUUAAAAAUUUUGAAAAAAUUCCUAUAAAAAGAUCACUUACAAAAAGUAUAAACUAUUUAUAGAAAUUUUUGGAAAAUUUUUAAAAAUACUCUUAGGAGGAAAUAAAAAUUUUUAAUUUGAUUUUUCAAAAAUAAUUUUUAUAACUAACUAUGUUGUAUUCCAUUAAAAGAAAAAGCAUUUAACACGUUCGUGGACAGUACCUGGUAGAUUAUUUUGAUUUUAAUGGCAGUAGGUUAGGUUAGGAGUCUCCCUGUUUAAGGUCCAUCUUUCUUUGUAUAGGUUGUCUUAUACCUAGAAUAACAUUUUAGUCACCCCCCACUACUCGACGCAGAUAAAUGCGUCCUGCUAAAUUUUAAGUAGAUUGCCUACUGAAACAAUGACAUAACACCGUAAUGCAUCCUAUGCUGAUAGACAUUUUGUCAUGAUAUGAAUAAGUUAACUGCCACUUACCGCAGACGCAUAUCAGUGCUAUAAAAUUAAAUAAACAUAAGUUUCAAAAGGAUCUUUAUUCGAAUAAAAAACAUUUUCUUCUUAAUGAAACCUAAAUUUAAGGAUUUUCAUUUCUCUCGAGCCACUUCUCAAAACAGCUGGGGUAUAAAGCUGGUUUCCCUAUAUAUCCUUUGUACCUGUAGUUUAUUUCCUUAUGCUGAUUUUUCAUAGUGCAUAGUGAACAUUUUUUCUAAGAAUAGAGUUGUUUACUCGUCUGUUGCUCGCCUCGCUUCAAUCGUCUCGCAAUUUUCAAACUAGUCCAACAAAGUAGCAAUAUUAGUCCUUGCAUACAAAUAACUAAUUGUGAAGCAGUGUCUUACAGUACACGUAACUUCCAAUAGUUUUUCCAAAUAGAUAAGAGUUAACGUUGAAAAAACAAUCUUGCAUCACCUUGUCUACUGAGGUCACAAGAAGAUAAAGAUGUAUGCUUCCGUUGAAUGUUGUCCCACUUUGUAUCCAUUUCGAUGUCAGUAUGGUUGAAGUGCUCAAGUAAUUCCUUCUUUACAACUCACUAAUCCCAAACUCCAACUGUCGUGUUCAAUCCCAUAAUGUUCCAUUAUUAGCAUAGUGGUUGAUAUUUUUAAAUAUACUACUUCUCUGUAUAUAUAGCAGAAAUUAAAUUGAUUUAGUUAGAACUAGAAAGGCAUUUUGUCUGAUGAUCGUAAUGGAGCAGUAAAACUGAGUCAGUGAAUUGUUCAAAAAUUCCAAUAACAUCUGACUGAUAAACAUAAAAAGGCGUUAAAGGGUGUUUGAAGAAAAAUUAGGAGAGAUAUUGAAUCCGGAGAUGAAUGAUUAUUAUCACAAUAGAACAGACAAAUUAUCAUCGUACUGUUUAUACUUUAUUUCGAAAUUUAAUUACUGGGUGAUAUCUCAUACUCUUACUACAGAAAAUUAUUCAGAACGUAAGUUUUAUAUACAAAGAAUUGUAGAAAAUCUAUUCAGCUACAAACUUUUGAUUUGAAAAAAUGCUAAAAAUUUAUAAAUUUGUGCAAUCAGAUUGUUGCUAUCUACCAGUCUGUACUUUUGCCAGCAGUGUUAAACCAACCUUGACGAAAUGCGGAUUAUAAAAAUAAAAAUCCUUUUCAAAUGAAGAUAUUGAUGAGAAUAUAAGGCUUUAAAUGUGAGAAUAGAGCAUGGAGAUCGAGAUCUAUCAGAAAUAUAUAUAAAAAUAGCCAUCAACUACCGACAUCACCUUUUCCGGUGAGUCGUGAGCCGUACUGUUCCAGUUUACGGAACUCGGCGUCUACUCUCAGUGAACGUGUUAAAACUGAGUAAAAUGAAACCACUCCCAUCUCUCUACCUCAAUUAGGAGAAAAACAGUGGCUAUUUCAAAAUGCGUAGGAUACAUUUUUUUGGUGGAUUUUGGAAAACUUUACUUAUCGGCAAUUCUGAGACUGUUUUAGAUAUUUAAAAAACAAUUGGCAUUUUUCUUAAUCUCUAUAUGGACAGUCUUCAUAACAAAUUUCAUCAAAUUCUGAGGGGGUCAAUUAAUUUUUAAUAUAUAAUUUCAUUUGGAAUGACGCUGUAAUUUAAGGAAAACAAUCUGUUUUAUUGAUAAUUUUAGAUAAAUAGAUUAUUUAAUAAUUUUAUGCACAUCAUAGAAAGUGUUUUAUUUGAUUUGCUUCGUUGGUAUAGAUAUAACGCACUUCUGCUCCUCAAUAGUGCCAUAAGUCAAGAAUCCAAACUGUCCAGUAAUAAUCGUUUGAAUUUAAUUCCAAAUUUAUUUUUCACUUUUCGUAUGAUAACUCAAAAACUGACGAAAUUACUACGAUGGCGCUAUUUAAAUGACAUAAUUUGAUAUAAGUUUUGUAGUACCAAUAGUUCAAUAAAAGAGAUUUUUUUGAGUUAUGACACCAUUUGAGUGGAGGUGCGAUAUCACUGUAGUUUUGUCAUAAUUAUUAUUUAUUUUAUUUUUUAGUUUAGAAAAAAAUCUAUUAUACUAGUCAACAAAAAAAUUAAAUUAAUUUUUUCCUAUUGGAAAAGAUUAUAUGGUUCGUAAUUUUUAUAGAAAAAAUAAAUUAGAAAAGUGAAAAAAAAAUGUGGUUUUGAAAAAUCUUGAGUAUCUAUGAAACUCCAGCACUAAAAAAAAACAUGUUUUCUUAGAUCGUUUCAAAUGUCUAGAUGGCUAUAUCUUGAUGACAGCGCUCUCCAUGCUCGUCCCUCAAAGCGCCCAUAUUUUCCGGAACUAGCUGGGAAUAUGAGGUCAGAAUAUUGAGAAGAUCUGAAGUUCCCCAAAAAGUUUUCACAAACUUCGACAAACGCCAUCCUAGCUUCUAUUUGUUUUUUUCAUUUAAGGCCUAACACUACUGUAGAGCCCGGUUUUUGAAGAUUAUUACUGGAAUCAAAAGAAAAAACUUUUUAUCGGACGCAAAAUCUAAUUAGAUAACUUUAUUAUGCAGUAUUUUGAUAUUAUUUGAAGUAAUUAAAUUAAUUGAAAUAUAAUAAUGAAACUGGUACAAUAUUACAUUGGACGCCACCAGCUUUUUAACGAACGAUGUUACAAUUAAUAAAAAAGGCGGAAAAGCUGGAUACACCAUAUGAAUUAAAUCAAAAAUAAAAAUUAAACAAUAUAGAACUAUCCCCGGAGACGAUUAUCCAAAUUAAUAUUCAUUAAUAAGAACAAUAAAAAAGUUUCAACAAUAAAUAAAUUUAUUGAAAAGAUACUAAAUUCGCAUUAACUGCGUAUCCAAAAGAGCACAACAAAUAAAAGCAGUUAUAAAUCAAAAAACAACUCAAAUUUAUUUAUAUAUUAAAGAUAAGACGGGGACUUAUCUAUGAAAAUCCGAGAUGGUUGCAGCUCUCAACUGAAUUUCAGUUCUUGAGUUUAAUGUAUUUAUUUGCGGUGUACCUGGUUGAGUCCUUUGGGCGUAGUCGAAACUGGCAGCUGUAGAACUACGGGAACAAAUUAAAUGAGGAAAGAAACUGGAACACAGAUGGAAAUAACGGAAGAAGGAACAGAGUUGAACAAAAACGAGCUUAUGCUCUAACAUAAAAAAACUGAAUCUAUACUUUUUUAAAAUAUAAUCAAAGAAGAAGCUGGAGAAUAAGCCGACACGCCAUGUUUCGCGGUUCAAAUUACUUGUGUAACGAAGUAUACUAGUUAUUAUGAUACGAAUUAUCAUGAAUAUAACACCUUAGAGCUGUAACAAUUGUCUCAUAUUAUGUUCUCUCCAUGUGAUUUGCUUGAGGAUGUUGACGAGCGUUAUAAAGAAUUUUUUGCAUUUUAUACUGCGGUAUUAAAUUAUUGAAAACAGUACCAUUGUCAAUAGAAAAAACCUGUGAAUCACCAAAAAGAAGAAAAACUUGUUUUUCUCUAAAUUUCGCAAUACCCUUAGCAGAUGCGUGAGGCAUAGGAUGGACAAGACAAAAUUUAGUGAACCAAUCAGUAAUUACAGAAAGAAUAUCCUCAUAUACCCAUAACACCGGUCUUAGGUAAAUUUUGGGUUUUAGAAAAACCACAAACUGAACAUUUAUUCACGUGGCGUUAUAAAGAACUUGCUGAGUUUAGGUCAAUAGUAAAGUUUAGGGAUAGGAGAAAUAUACACAUCUCCAAAAGUCUUUGCUCCCCUUGGUAAUUUUUCGCAGGUUUAUUUUAAUUUGAGGAUUUUUUGUUUGCAAAUACUUGUUUAUCUUAUCAUACAAAUAAAAACAAUUACAAAGCAAAAACUUGUAUUCGUGUAAAAAUAAGCAGAAUUUUGUAAAGUAAAUCCAAAAAAAAACCAAAAUACAAUCUUUUAAGAAAAAAAUGUGAAUACUGAAAAUAACAUAACUUAAUAACUUGUGUUUCCACCUCUUUUUGUUAUUAAUUCUCCAACGCGUCUUGGCAUGCCACGAAUUAGCUCAUCAAUAACAUUAUUGGGCAUAUUGUUCCACUCUUCUUGAACAGCUGCAGUUAGGUCCCGGAGAGUUAAAGGGGGGGUUUUCUCUAUUGUAUAUUGCUCUGCCAAGAUAAUCCCAUACAUGUUCGAUGGGAUUCAUGUCUGGCGAGUUUGCUGGCCAGUUUAAUCUUUGGAUAUUUCCCUCUUGUAGCAUAUUCUGUACCUUUGUUAUGGGAUGGGAUGUGGUUUGGCAUUAUAAUCUUGAAAAAUGAAGUUUGCUCCAUAUUCGUUGCGCAAAGGUUGCACGAUUGCUUGGAUAAUGUUUUGAGCGUAUAUGGCACCUAUCAUUAUUCGCUCAAUAAUAAUAAGUGGAGUGCGGUGACUAUACAUUAUACCCCCCAAAACAUAACUGAUCCACCUUGAUAAGGGACAACGCCUCUUGCGAAAAUUAGUAGCUCUCGUCUACCUGGGCCUCUCCAAAUUCUUUCCCGGCGACUAUUACUCUGUAGACCAAAUCGUGACUCGUCAGAAAAUAAAACGUUGCGCCAUUGGAGCAAAAGCCAAUUCCGAUGCUUUUCGGCCCAUUGGCGACGUUCAGCUCUAUGUCGAAGUAGAAGUCUAGGUACCCUUAAAGGUCUUCUUGCCCUGAGAUUUAAAGAAUGUAACCUCCUUCUUAUGGUACUUCUCGAAAAUACGGUAGGUAUGCAAAAAAUGACUUUGAAGGGCUGUGACCGUUAAUCUUCGGUUUCUUCGAGUGAAAUAAGCCAUAUACUGAUCUUCCCUCUCUGAAGUCACUCUAGGUCGACCAGACACCGGCCUUUGUGCAACGCCACCAGUUUCUUGAAAAAGGGCCACUACCCGCCUUAUCAAAGUUCGCGGCAUAUUUAAACGCUUAGUAAACUCACGAUUUGAGAAACCCUCUUGGUGUAGGGCCACAAUUAUUGCUCGAUCAAAUUGCGAAAUCGGAUUUCCUGGCAUCUUAGACAAACUUCAAUGAAUACUUUCUAUAUACACUACAAUUCAAAACUGACUUCUUUUACAAAUUCUGAAUAUUUUCAUACGAAAAUAAGUUUUCUGCUUCCUAAUUGCUGUUAUUUGUAUGAUAAGAUAAGAAGGUAUUUGUAAACAAAAAAUGCUGAAAUUAAUAUAAACAUGUGACAAACAACAACAAUCUUCCAAUUAGAUAAGUUACUAGAAAUUGGAUAGACCAGAAGAUAUGUUACUGUCAACCUUAAAGUGGGGUACGAAUCAGGAUUAUGUAAGUCCUUUUCUAUCAUAGAAGUAUACCAAAUAUCUGGUUUAAAAGUACAUACGUCGAUAAUAGAAAAUUCGGAGAAAGAACGGGAUAAAAAAGGAUGGGACAUGAAUCUCUGGUAUAGGGAUGGAGAGAUAUUCAAGACUCGCGAUGACAUGACCUAAAGUAGUAAUUCUUGUUGGGGACGAGAGGGAUGGCAAAGAAUUACUACCCGCUACCAUAUUGAAGAUAAGGCUGAAACUUAUUUAUGGAAUCCGGGAUAGUUGCAGCUCUCAACUGAAGUCCCAGAUGUUAGAGCUUAGGUUGAGUUGUUGGUUCAAUUUGUAGUCCUAGCAGCUAUAGAACUGAGAGAAAAAAAUAAAAUUAGGAAGGAAACGGGAACACAGAUGGAAGUUAUUGAAGAAGGAACGAGAAGAUAGAAGAGAUACAGUAACAUAUACUUGAGUGUAGAUGGGUAGAGGACGAUUUCGAAUAAAUUCUGAGGUCUCAUUGAAUUAAUUUCUUGAAUCAGUUAUUGAUAUGAAACAUUUAUGAAUCAAUUUUUUGUUUUGUACUAAAAGGUAAAUAAGUAAGUAGGAGUUUCAAAAAAUAUUUUUGUUUCGUUUAAAAAAUCAUGAAAAGUCGGUCGUAAAACAAAAAUUUUUCAAUUUAUGGAGAGAAUCCUGUAUAGUUCCCUAGAAAAUGAUAUUAUUAAGCUUCUGUCUAAAGUUUUAAAUCGAUAGGAUAAAAAUUGGCUGAAUAAUUGUAGUGGUAGUGUUAAAAAAGUGAUUUCAUAAAAAUUCUAUGAAUUAAUAACUAUCGUAUGACUUAAAAACUUCAAUUGUACCAAUA